AUGCAGGACUUAAAGAUUGCCUUGACUCUUCUUGCUGCUUUCAUUGCAGGCAUCUUCGGCUUUGUACCUGAACUGGGUGGCUUGCAAUAUGAACGCCUGGUAAGGAAUGGUUCUCAUAUUGAGCAUUCAACGAUGCUUACGAUCCUGCUUUCCCAGACUAAGCCGAGCCAGCUAACUCAAGACCUCGGAGCUUCACAAUUCGUCAAUCCAACGGCAACCAAUUCGUGGUGGGCAUCGUCUUUUGUUCAUGCGUCAGAUGGCCAUGAUUAUUUGAUCGUUUCCCACGUCAUAUUGCCAAACCUGAAUGUCUCUACAGUUUUACUGCGUGCUUCUAUCCUAGAUAUUAAUGACACAGCAUACUACUGGCAGGUUAGUUGGCUACAGAACGUGUCUAGUAGGGCUGCGCACGUGCAGAAUGGGGCUCCUGGCGUGGUUACGAAAUACUUCGGAUUUGUGUCUGUGGAUCCAACAAAUCCGCUGGACAAGAUGCGUAUCUGGUGUAUCACUGAACACGUUGAGCUUAACAUCACCUUUCAGCUCUCUGCUCCCGUUAUUUUGAAUGGAGGUACUGGGACAUUUCCGUUCGGUGAUGAGACCACAUUGGAAUGGUCAAUGCCAGCUGGAAUCACAGAUGGCCAUUUCACUGCCAAUAGGAAGCUUCUCACUAUUGACUCUGCUAGCUCUUUGACCUGGUAUGAUCGUCAACUCAUAUGGCCGUUCGCCCCGAUGGGUGGGCCGGCGAGAUCGAACUGGACGUGGUUUCAAGUACACCUCGGCGAGCGGACAAUGUCUAUCUGGGCGUGGGAUACCCUUGAUGGACAGCGUUUCCAGUUCGCCACAGUCAGGGAUGAACCAGGCAUCCAUCAUGUACUUGCUAUCACUGAGUUCACACCGUCAAGCCGCCAAUGGACUUCACCCUGUUCUAAAACUACCUAUUCUCUUGACUGGGUCGUGGCUCUAGUUGAUGGAACCAGGCUGGAACUAUCGAGUGUUCGCGAUGACCAAGAGCUGUGCACUCAGGACGGAACAAUUGCAACAUAUGAAGGAUACAUUAACGUGGCUGGUACACGCCGUGAUGAAACUAUUUCUGGGUACGGGUUGGUUGAGGUAGCUCCAAUGACUAUGAUAACAAAGCCAACUUGA